AUGCCUGCGCUGACCAGCCAGGUUAUCGCGCUUGAGUGCUUCCAAGCAUUCUUGGCGGUCACCCCAAACGUCCAUCAUGAUCCAAUCCCCGCCCUGGGCCACCUUUCGCAACUGGUGGAUCUCGCCGUGCACGGGCACUUUUGCCCUGAGCGGAUGUCCUCUUGGCAAUGCGGUUGUGAUCCGGAUGCCAAUCCUUGUGAAGAACGCAACAACGCCCUUGGCAGGCAAUGGUGGCUCGAAGAAGAGCCAAGCCCACCAAAACUCGAGGAAUUGCUCACGUCGUGGUGGUUCGAACACCACCCACCCGAGAAAUUGGUCGAAUGUGACAUCGCAGACCUCGAGGCAGUCUUAGGGUUGUAUCAGGAGUUGAUCAUAGUGAUUGAGCGCUUGAUUGGUGUAAAUGAAACCCAGAUAAGAACCCUUGAAAACAACUUGAAUAGCAUUUACAUCGCAUACAAAAGCCAAGGAUGA